AUGUCGAGAGAUCUUGAGCCCGAGGCUCGUGAACUUGAGCAUAUGUUUGAUAUCAGCACGGAAAAGCUCAAGGAAAUCACAGAGCACUUUACCAAGGAGCUCACAAAGGGGCUGAGCGUCGACGGCGGUAACAUACCGAUGAACCCAACAUGGCUGAUGAACAAGCCCACCGGCUACGAGCAAGGCACAUAUCUCACACUCGACAUGGGGGGUUCAAAGGCGCGCGUCUGCCAGGUCACAUUGAAACAGAAAGGCCAGGUGGAAAAUAAACAAAGAGAGUUCUUCAUCCCCAAGCACAUAAAGACCGCCACAGCCAACGAGCUUUGGGACUACCUUGCAGAGUGUGUAGAAGCCGUUGUCGACAAGGAGGGGAUGCUAGCGAAGUGUCAGAACGACGGGGAGCACCAGGACGAUACGUUACGGUUGGCGUUCACGUUCUCGUACCCCGUCACGCAGGAUUCGAUAAACCAUGGUGUGCUUCAGAGAUGGACCAAGGGCUUCGAUGUGAAAGGGGUCGAGGGCCAAAACGUGGUGUCGCAGCUCGAAGAAGCGUUGCGGCGUAAAAACGUGCCCGUCAAAGUGUCGGUACUCAUCAACGAUACAGCGGGAACCCUCCUUGCGUCCGCGUAUGCAGACCCAGAUACCCAGAUCGGGGCGAUUCUCGGCACCGGGUGCAACUCCGCUUAUGUCGAGACCUGCAACAAUAUCCCCAAGCUUCAGCACCGAAAUUUGGCCCCGGACAGCCCCAUGAUCAUAAACUGUGAAUACGGUGCCUUUGACAACGAGCAUUGCGUCCUCCCGCGAACAAAGUAUGAUAAACUCAUUGACAAGGAGUCGCCACGCCCGGGCCAACAGACCUACGAGAAGAUGACAUCGGGGCUGUAUUUGGGCGAAAUCUUCCGCCAUGCCAUCCUCGACCUACACACCCGCAACCAGCUCUUCGUCGGUAAGCAAGUGCCCGCUCUAUCACAACCAUACGCUCUCGACUGUCUCCACCUCUCCGAGGUCGACGGCAACGGUUCCUCUUCUUUACAAUCCGUACUUCAGAUAUCGCUCGAAAAGCACGAAAUGGACCUGUGCCAGAAACUGGCCGAUCUGAUUAAUGCUCGGGCAGCGCGGCUCUGCGCAUGCGGACUAGCAGCCAUAUGUAAGAAGAAAGGUCUCAGUUCUUGCGUAAUUGGCGUGGAUGGCUCGGUAAUGCUGAAGAACGACGUGCUCAGGGGACGGACGAUGAAGGCACUGGGGGAAAUCCUCGACUGGGAUGCGAAAUCAAGACAAGCCGGGGAGAAGGGAACGGGAGACACCCCUAUUAGAAUGCAUUUUGUGAAGGACGGUUCGAGUGAAGGAGCAGCCAUUGCGGCGGCAAUUGCUGCUGCCCAGGCAUGA